CCAUUGGGAGCGCACUAUGCACGGAACGAGUCGAGCCCCGAGCGGCGGGCGAGGCAAGCAGCUGUUCCAACGAGCGCCUGUCAGUCACGGAGCGGAGCAGAGUGAUGUCAGUGCUCUUUACGGCACCGCCGGCAGGCAGCGGAACCGGGUAUCCGAGUUACACGGGGUUGGGGGCACACUGAGAGAUACUGAAGAGAGCGUUUCGUGAAAGCCGUACCACGAAGAGGAGAAGGAGGAGGAAUGGACAGCGACGAGGAAAACGUGGAAGAAAUCAUUGAAGGUCCACUAGAUGAAGAUGGACAGCCACAUGGUUGCUGCACUAUUACAUACUCCUCCAGUGAUAGAUUUGAAGGCCAUUUCGUUCAUGGGGAGAAAAAUGGUAGAGGGAAAUUCUACUUUUUUGAUGGAAGCACACUGGAAGGCUUUUAUGUAGAUGAUGCUUUACAAGGCCAAGGAAUUUACACCUAUGAGGAUGGAGGUGUCCUUCAUGGCACAUAUAUGGAUGGGGAACUGAAUGGACCAGCACAAGAGUAUGAUUCAGAGGGAGUCAUGAUAUUUAAGGGCCAGUAUAAGGAUAACAACCGCCAUGGAGAAUGCUGGGUCUACUAUCCUGUAAGUAGGAAUGGGACAUGUAAAUCUACUUUAAAACAAUUUAAAGCUGCUACUUUAACAAUGUUUCAUUUAACCAAGUUCUUACUUUUCCAAUUAUGUUUUACAGGUCCUUUGUAUACCUUUGACAAAUCCACCUCAUCUUGUAUUUCUACCAACUGCCUUUUGCCUGACCCUUAUGAAACAAUGAGAGUAUAUGUUGCUGAUUCUUUAAUCUCCAAUGCUGGAGAAGGUUUGUUUGCUAAAACAUCAGCCGAAUCCAACACAGUGCUGGCCUUUUACAAUGGAAUUCGCAUCACACACCAUGAGGUCGAUUGUAGAGACUGGUCUCUAAAUGGAAAUACAAUAUCUUUGGAUGAAGAAACUGUGUUGGAUGUUCCUUACCCCUAUAAUAAUAUUAGGAAAUAUUGUGCCUCACUUGGUCAUAAAGCAAAUCAUUCAUUCACUCCUAACUGCAUGUAUGAUACAUAUGUUCAUCCCCGCUUUGGGCCGAUCAAAUGUAUUCGUACAGUUAAAGCUGUGGAGAAAGAUGAAGAACUGACAGUUGCAUAUGGUUAUGAUCACUAUGAUUCAGCAAGGAGUGGACUUGAAGCCCCUGAGUGGUAUAAGAAAGGUCUCCAAUCAUUUCAAGCUGACCAAAAGAAUCAGGAACAAAAUUAAAAUUGUCUGCUUUCAUCAGGGAUUAAUAAUGGAGAAAACAAUGAACUAUGCACUAUAUUUCUGUAGAAAAACGCAAACCAGGGAUCCGUAUCAGCUUGAGAAAUUCAUGCUUGGAUAUCUUGCCUUUUGUAUAAUAAAAGUAUCAUUUGUA